CCACUCGGUUGUUUCAUUGCUAGUUACCUAACGUACACACCAUUGGCGAACGAGGAUAGCAGUACCCACGCGCGUGUUAAAAAAAAAAAUGUCGUAUAUAGGACAUUUGUCGAGUUUUGACCAUAAAAGCGGAGAAUGGUCUAUAUUUAAGGGACGUUUGAUUCAAUAUCUAAAGGUUAAUAAUGUGCAAGAAGUAAAUAAAAGUGCAAUACUUAUUACUCAUCUCUCGGACGAGUCUUAUCGUUUAGUGCGUAAUCUAGCAUACCCAGAUGAAAUAGAUACGUUAUCGUAUAAUCAGCUGGUAAAGUUACUCGAUGGCCAUUUCAAGACGAAGCAGUGUUCGUUCGCGGAUAAAGCGAAGUUCUACGGGGCUACGCGUCAUACAGGCGAAAGCUUGGGAGAUUGGGCGGCGCGACUAAGGGGGUUGGCAAGCUAUUGCGACUUCGGCACUGCCUUAGAAACAAAUUUGACGGAUCGUUUUGUUCUUGGCCUGGGCACGGGUCCCGAACGCGACAAACUUUUUGAACAGGAUGCGUCUACAUUGAAGUUGGCACGGGCACUGGAAAUAACUGAGAAGGCCGAAUGUGCAAGGGCAGCUAAAUUGAUGGUGUCGACAGAGGCGAUAACCACCAUCAAAGAGGAGCCGAUUUAUCGAGCAAGUUUUGAAGGUAGUAACAUGCGCGCCGGCCGCGGCCGCGCCGCUGGGCAGCGCGGGCGCACGCCGAGCGCCGCCGCCCGCCCGCCGCCGUCUUAUAGCUCGUCAGGGCCUGAUCAUCAUACAGGUGGUGAAGUCCGCUGUCCAGUGUGCGGUAUGAAGAAUCAUACUGGUGAUGUGUGCCGUUUUAAGGGUUAUCGUUGCCAAGUCUGUGGUGUUAAAGGCCAUUUAAAAAAAGUGUGUGAUAAAAACAAGUGUCUCCGCGUUAAUAAUUUAUCCACCAACGACGGUGAGGACAGCGAUUGCGAGGAGUGCAAUAAUUUUAAUUUGAGGUCCUCAAAAUGAUGUCGGAGGAAUGGUGCAUAGGUACCUAUCGGUGAUACCUA